AUGAAUAAUGCAACAGUGGAAACCGAGAUUUCACUAGAUGCUAAAGUCAGUGAACAGUUUAUUUUGCUCCACGAAUCUGACCAACUUAUUCCAUCAGUAAAAAUCGAGGAUGAUCAAACUGAGAAGCCAUCAGAUGAUUCCUGCGAUGAUAAAAAAGAACAAUUUGCAAACAGUGACCUUCGCACUGUGAAAUGUGAGUCCCCAAAGAUCUCAACCGAGACUUUGGUGACUCAGAAAUCAGGGGCACUUGGAAAACAAAGGCAGUUACGGAAGCGAAGACUUUGGCAACAGCGAGGUAAUGGAUUAUGUCCACCUCCACCUCCAAAAAACGUACCAAUAGUUGACUGGACUGACUCAGUCGAAGUCAAGCAUUUAUUUCCCAAGACGUACAACUACGUGGCUUGUGCGCAAGCUCGAUAUAGUUCUCAAUAUCUUUGUUUGUCGAAAUGGAAGAAAGAGUCUGAUUUUUUUCGUGAUAAAUACCGAUUUUGGUACAGCAUUAUCCAGAAGAAAAAACUCAACACUCCUAAAGAAAUUAUAAAAGCAAAACAACUUAUGGGUCAAUUAAAAUGGCUUCUUGAUCAUUGCUGGGAAGGUACCGACAGCAAACGUUUAGUCCCAGAAAUGCUGUGGAGAGCCAGAAAAGAGGAAGCUCGAAGAUGUGAACAAUUACUUAUUCGCCAAGAAUGUUAUAAAAGACAAGUUAUGACGAAGCGACGUUUAAAUGCAGAAAAGUGUUUGGCGAAGUAUGAUAAUAAUAAUGAUGAUGGUGAUGAUCAUGGAAGCAGUGGUUCGACUAGAGAUGUAAAAGAGCCAUCAUUCGUAUUUGAGAAAAAAAAUAACCUAAAGGAAGAUAAUAUUGUAAGCACUGCUAUCCAAACGACAGCUCCGUUAUUUAUCAAUGAGACGAGGAUGCAACAAGAACAAAAUGAUGAUUCUGGAAAUCUGAUUAUGGAGAAUGAUAAAAAUGCCUUGGGAAAAGCACAUCUUUUUUCGCUCUUAUUUUUGGCUCGUCGUUGGACAGAGGUAGCAAAAAAGUUGGACUCGUCUGAAUCAAUGGUAUUUCCGGGACGUACUCUUUUGCGAAAUCACAUAGAAAACUAUAUUCGAGAUUUGACAGCCGCAUAUGAUGUAAUCAAAGGCACAGACAAAUUUGAGGAAAAUUUAAUUCGUGAGAUACUUUGUUCCAUCUUUGAAACCGCUCUCUUAGAACGGAAUGUGUUGUUAAAGGACGAAUUACACAAAAAUGGCUUGGAAUCACUUACAAGCAACUGGGUCAUUUUUGAGUCAAAGUCUUCGAGAGAUUUGGAAAAGAAACAAAGUGAGGAAGGAAAUUCUGGAGAAUCAUCAGAGUCAAAGGAGAUAUCUUCACCAUCCAAUGACUCUUCGACAUUGUUGAAAGUGAGAGACUAUUUAGAUGAUGGUAGAAAACCUGAUGCAACUGACUCAUCAAUCCCCAGAACGGAGCGUUUGAUUAUUAAUUCAGAAGUCAUGAAUCUAAUCAAUCUUCUCCGGACCAGAGAAAUAAUUGCGAAAGCAUCAAGGCAAUCGGAUGUAGAUGAAGCAGCGGAAACCGAAAUUCUUCGUCCUGUGCCUAUUAAACCUCUCGAGUUGACAGAAGAUGAGAGAUGUCGACGAGAGUUACAGCAAGUUAUGGCUGUGCAAACUAUAUGGUCAGCAUUUGCGGAAACAGAGGCAUCAAAAUGUAUAUUUGCAUUUACUUAUAGAGUUGAAAGUGAUAAAUCAGUAUUGGAUGCCAUUCAAGCGGUCUUAAGCUCGUGUGCAAGUUAUAAAGAAACGGCUGAUCUCCCACUACCGAAGGAACUCGGGGCUCUACGACGUGAAUUAAAAUUCCACUUCAAAAAUUCAUACCAUCAUGUUGUAAAAAAAUUAAGAUUAAAAUAUUUUGCUGAAAAUUUGAUAUAUUUGGUCAACGCCAUUGUAUGUAGCCAGAGCAGUUUUAUAGAAAAGAUUCAACGAGCUGUCCGACAUUUGCAAACGCUAGUAGUUCAGAAACAUGGCUUAGGAAUAAAACAGUGUGAUGGCAUUAACAUUUUUUUAGGCUCAACACCAUUUGUUCUAUGUCAAAUAGAUUGUCACUGGAUAAGUGGUUAUUCUUGUCUGAAAAAAUCUGUCAUUUCUGGGCCAAGAACAAAAAAGUCCCGUCCAUUGAAAUGCUUUGGAACUACUUCACAGAUUUCAACUGCAGCUGCCACUAACAUUCCUAAAACUAAUAUUGUUGAAGAAAUGGCAAAAUUACCUUCAGUUGUCAUAUCAAAAAAGCGUGAUGGAUCUGUUGAAUCUAUGACAGCUGAAUGGAAAAGUAAAAGGACCAGAAAUGACAAUGUUAAUGGUGUGGAAAUGUUAGCCACAAAUCGACCAAAGCGACAAAUUAAAGCUCCAAACAGAUUUGUUUUCGACGAUGAAGAGGAGGAAAAAAAGAAAAAAGAAGGACGUAAUCAAAGGAAGGUUUCUGAUGUACGAAGUCUGUUUAUAAAGAAUAGGCAAUCCGGAAAUUCGAAGCAUAACACCGAUCAUCGACCAAAAAGCAGUGGAAGUAAUGACUUGUCAGUGACGUCAGCAGAGCCGUCGAAUAUGGAAACAAUUGUUUUAAUCCCAGAAGAUGAAAGUCCAAGCCAGAAUAGCUGCUGCUCAACCAACAUUACUGACGACGUGUACAUUUUUAUUUUUCCUCCUAAUAAUUUUAUUUUUUUCAUUACCGUUGUUGCGUAUGUUAUCUUAUGCAUAAAAACGAAAUUGCUAGCGCUUGAUGUAGUUGAUGCUAAAACUAUACAAGAAUUCAAGUGUCAGCCAAAUGGAAUAAUUCAUAAUACCACUCGGUAUAUCGCUACUUUAAAAAAUGGUUGUACCAAAGAUAUAAACAGACGUGUGUACGACUUGUGGACAAAUCAGAAGGAUAGAGAAAAUGCUUGCAAACAGCAAUUGAUAUUACCGGAUGUCGACGAACAAAAGCCACCAUCAUCUACUGAAAUAGGAGACGGUUCAGAUGAAAUAAAGAUGUCGAAACAAGAUGAAGUGACAAGCAGUUCCCCGUGCAGUUCUUUGUUGGCUACUGAACCAUCCACCUCUUCAACCACUGAAUGCGUAACUUCUCCACAGCAGAAUGAACAAGGAAAUUAUAGUCCAUGGCGCCAGGUGGCAUUUCGAAAAGAAGCGUCUCUUUUUGAACACCUCAAACUGAGCAAACUAAAGACACAGUAUGACCAUCUGCUUAUGAUUUCGGAAAAAAACUAUCUAGAGAAAUUAUGCUCUGAAUGGAUGUCAGUUCCGGAAGGUGGUAUAUUCGACGAAAGAGUAAGACAAAUAAGGAUGUUAAUCUGUGGGCUGGGAGACAUGCUCAGUCACUCAAACUCAACAUGGAAAGACUAUUUUGACUUGAAAAGACAGUUACAAAAAAUGAUUGAUGACGUCUUAGCAGAAUUCAGUGCCUUGUCGGAGCAAGCAUCAUCUGGUUCUAUUCAUCCACUAAACAGAACCCUCGGACGCGAAGUUAAAUGUAAACCAAUAAACAGUGAUAUUGACACAUGA